GACCGCUAGUUCAGAAUACAUAUCUAUGGAAAAAAAACAGAAAGGAUUUAGACAAUUAGACGGGGAACAGCGAGAAUGGUAAGCACGCGCGGCUUCAUGGACGGACAGAUAAGGAAGACGAGGCGUCGGUUCUGAUUCCAUUCCAUGGCUUCUCCUCUUGCAUGCUUAUUAAAUGCAGGUGAUACAUGGAAAGCCCAUCGCCAUCUGCAGCCCAUGUUCCCUGGCCGGGCCCAUGUUGCCUGUCGUUCUUGUGCCCGUGUAUCCCGUUCGGACAGGUGGCAGAGGUCUUGGACAAGGGCAUGACAUCCUGUGGUCUGGCCGGCCUCCUCUACUGUUUGCUGCUGCAUGCCGGGGUGGCUGUGGUCCCGUGCCACUGCAUCUACACCUGCACCUACCGUCGCAAGCUCCGGGCGGCGUACGACCUGCCGCCGGAGCCGUGCGCCGAUUGCUGCGUCCACAUGUGGUGCGGGCCAUGCGCCAUCUCCCAGAUGUACCGGGAGCUCAAGAACAGAGGCGCCGACCCGGCCAUGGGAUGGGAAGUGCUCUCGAAAAAGACGACUAUGGCUCCUGUACCAAUGCAAGACAUGACGCGCUGACGACAGCAACUCGAUCUCCUAGCAAACCAGGAUUACGUGUUGCAUAUAUGCACAGUUUGUGUGUUAUGUGGCUAUGUCAGCAAGUAAAUGGAUCGGAGUCUAUGAGUGGAUAAAAUUAAGUGGAUGUGUUCGCGUCUUAGUAAUAAGUGAAUAAAAUUUCAUAAGUGUUACUAAAAUAGGUAAAUAGGGUACAUGUAUGUUUGGAUCCCAUUAUGAACUAUUUGUAAUAAUAGCUAUAUAUACAAAAGUUGUGGAAUUAGCUUGUAGUAAAAGAAAAAUAAGUGAUACCUAUACAUUUCUGUAAA